CAGCUGACGAGGCCCGGACCGACUCAGUCAGCGUCAAGAAUAUGAAUGCCAAUGCCAGCGCCAAUGGAAGAGCAAACAAAGAGCCCGGAUACUCCGGAGCCCAGGAAUUAAGGCUGGGCGCUAGUCCAGUGGGGACCGUCGAUCAGGCUGGAAGAGGCCGGAGGUCUGGUGUGUUGUUUCCUUGUCUGGAAAGAACGGCAGGCCCUCCGUACCUCCCGCCAAAUCCGACGCUCCCAUUCAGACAAAGCCAGAGCCAGCCAAUCCAUGCAGGGUAGAGUGUGGUGGUACGUGGUACACGAUGCCACUGCCACUGCCAGGACAGGGACUCCCAUGCAGCGAUGACGACCGCAGUUGCCAUGCUUGUUUUUCUUUUGCGCCGCUGGGCUUACUCUUUAAGUAGACCCUUCUUCCUUCUGGUCUCGGAGACUCUGUCGGCGGUGUUUAUUCUUUGGUUCAUCUUGUCUUUACCUCAGUCUUAUUUUGCAGUAUUUCUACGUCAUGGGUGUUUUUAAGAACAUUCUUGAGCCUGGUGCUAUUGUUGCUACCUUCACUGCAGGAGCCCUCGUUAACCGUCGCCGCCGCCGCAUCAUCACACUCCUCGAUACGCCCUCUGUUGAAUCACCGCUGCUCCCAGACACAGACGAUGCGAAGUCGAUAGACGAGGACGACAGUGUCCUCCCCAGCGAGCACAGCCGCACAAUCCAGUCGCGCAUCCUCGCGCGCUUCCCUUUCCUCCUCGAGAUAUGGUACUGGCUGCUUAUAUACUGGAUCUAUCAGGGCCUACGCGCAAUCUCGGCCCGAGCGAUCAGCGGCCACGACGCCAUCUUCGAUAGGGCCGAGAAGCAUGCCCGCCAGAUCCUCGCGGUAGAACACUUUCUCCACAUCGACGUCGAGCUAGCCGUGCAGCGAUUCGUCCUCACAAAACACGCAUGGCUCGUGCCCUUUUUAGCCCGCGUGUACUACUCGCACAUAAUCGUAGGCGUCGUGUUCUACGUCUACUGCUACACCUUUAUGAAGCGCGACAAGUGGCUGAAUAUCCGGCGCACUUUGGCUUUUGAGAAUGUCAUCGCCUUCGCAAUCAUAACCCUCUGGCGCUGCACACCCCCGCGCCUCAUGCCCGAAGAAUUCGGCUUCGUCGACGUCCUCCACAGCAACCGCGGCGGGUCCGCCUGGACACAGAACAAAUUCCAGCUCACAAUCGCCGCAAUGCCCUCGCUGCACUUUGGAAACUCAAUGUUCAUCGCAAUGUGUCUGAUAAAGUUCAGUCCGCACUGGUAUCUCCGCUUUAUAGCGCCGCUAUGGCCCAUGAUUAUGGCGUUGACGAUCGUUGCUACGGCGAACCAUUUUAUCCUUGAUGCCGUCGUCGGUGCUUGUGUGGUUCUUCUUGCGUAUAGGUAUAAUAAUGUCAUGUUGAGGCUGUUGCCGGUUGAGCGGGUGCUUUUUGGGCUCUUGCGGUUGGAGAGGCCGUAGAUUAUUUAUACGCUAUCAAUAUCAGAAUUCUUACGGUGUGCCGCU